GUCUAUUACUUUUGAUGUACAAGUCUUUGCUAUUUUCUUUCAAACUUCACUCUCUGGGGCCUUAGGAAAACGACUUACACUGGACCCAAUUUCCAACUUCUCUUCCCUUUAUUCGCACUCCAAUUGGACAUUUUCAAUCUGUCUACGCGCAUGCGCACAUUCACAGCGCGACCCCGCCCUAUAUUUCCCUGAGACAUGCAGGAACAAGUACGCGCGACAAUGGCUUCUCUAACCAAGGGAAGCAUCCCGGAUCCUACCGCAGACCUUCACUGGUCUGACUUCAAAGGACCAAUUCACGACAUCUUCGCCGCCAAUGCUCGCAAGCACCCAGAGCGGCCAUGUGUGGUUGAGACCGCCACCAGCAAGACACCAGAGCGCAACUUCACAUACAAGCACAUAUUCGAGGCUACUGCAGUCCUAUCCCACCAUCUCGUGCAAAAUGGCGUCCAGAGGGGGGAAGUGGUCAUGAUCUUUGCCCAUCGAGGUGUAGAUCUAGUAGUAGCCAUCAUGGCUGUCCUGGCGGCAGGAGCGACCUUCUCAGUACUAGACCCGCUAUACCCUCCAGACCGCCAAUGUAUCUACCUCGAGGUCUCCCAGCCACGCGCCCUCGUAGUCAUCGACAAGGCCACGCGCGAAGCCGGUCCCCUUUCAGAGCAAGUCAGGAACUACGUCAAGGACAACCUACAACUCCGGACCGAGCUCCCCGCGCUCGAGCUCAAAGACGACGGAACACUUGUCGGAGGCUCAAAGGAUGGAAAGGAUGUGCUGGAGGAGCAGCAGAAGCUCAAGGCCGAGCUCCCGGGCGUGCUGGUCGGUCCAGACUCGACACCCACACUUUCAUUCACAUCAGGAUCCGAAGGAAAGCCCAAGGGUGUCAAGGGCCGUCACUUUUCGCUGACGCACUACUUCCCGUGGAUGGCUGAGACCUUUGGACUGUCUGAGAACGACAAGUUCACCAUGCUUUCCGGAAUUGCUCACGACCCAAUCCAGCGAGACAUCUUUACCCCACUCUUCCUUGGUGCACAACUACUCGUACCCAGUAAGGAAGACAUCCAGCAUGAGAAGCUUGCCGAGUGGAUGCGCAAGUAUGGCGCGACCGUUACACAUCUCACACCUGCCAUGGGCCAAAUUCUCGUUGGAGGUGCUUCGGCAGUCUUCCCUAGCUUGCACCACUCAUUCUUUGUGGGUGACUUGUUGAUCAAACGCGAUUGCAGGAGGUUGCAGAACUUGGCGCCAAACGUCCGCAUCGUCAACAUGUACGGAACCACAGAAACACAAAGAGCCGUCAGCUACUACGAGUUGCCAAGCUGUACUGAAGCACCCGAAUUCCUUGACAGCAUCGGUGAGGUGAUCCCGGCGGGUCGUGGCAUGAACAACGUUCAGCUUUUGGUAGUCAACCGCGAAGACAGGACAAAGGUUUGCAAGCCCGGUGAGAGUGGUGAAAUCUACGUACGAGCGGGUGGUCUGGCCGAGGAAUAUUUGGGUCUGCCUGACAUGACAGCCGCCAAGUUCAUCGACAACUGGUUUGUAGACCAACAGAAGUGGAUAGACGAAGACAACAAAAAGGUAGAGAGUCAAGGCGCCGCUGAACCAUGGCGAGAGUUCUACAGGGGUCCACGAGACAGGCUCUACCGCUCUGGCGACCUGGGCCAUUACUCAGAGGAUGGAAACGUGCACUGCACAGGUCGAGUAGACUCGCAAGUGAAGAUUCGAGGUUUCCGUAUUGAACUGGGUGAGAUUGACUCACAUCUCUCUGCUCAUCCUUUGGUGCGCGAAAACGUCACAUUGUUGAAACGCGAUGCCUACGAGGAGCCAACACUCGUCAGCUACAUCGUCCCCGAGAUGAAGCGUUGGUACGACUGGCUUGAAGAGCGUGGUGCAAAAGACAGCGAUUCUGCCGACGACACUAGUAUGGUCACAUUGCUGAAGCGCUUCAAGUAUCUACGAGAUGACGUGCGAGAGCAUCUCAAGAAAAAGCUCCCCGCAUAUGCCGUGCCAUCGAUCAUUGUUCCUCUCAUUCGAUUUCCGCUGAACCCGAACGGCAAGAUCGACCGACCAGCGUUGCCAUUCCCAGAACCAGCACAUCUAGCAGCUGCUGGUGCAAGACGUCCUUCACAGUUAGGCGCAGCUUUGACGCCAACUGAGAAGAAGAUGGCCAGUAUCUGGGCAGAGCUCCUUGGCGAUCGCGGUGUAACGGCCGAUGGUAUCGGUGGAAGUGAUUCCUUCUUCGACCUCGGCGGACACAGUAUCAUCGCACAACAACUGUUCUUCAAGAUCCGACAAGAGUGGAAAGACAUCGAUGUGCCUAUGACUACCAUCUUCCAAUACCCCACAUUGCGCGGCUUCUCAGCAAACAUCGACCAGGCAAUGGAUCCUAUCGGUCUACGCCUGGAUACUGCCGAGGCCAUCGACGACGACCCAGAAGACGAAGCAUACUCUGCUGAUGCCAGAGAACUUGCUAACCAAUUGACUGAAUUCAAGACUAGGGAACCGUUGAACCCGAAGGAAGAAGUACAUACUUUCCUCACUGGCGCGACAGGUUUCUUGGGAGCCUACAUUCUACGAGACAUCUUGUCUAGACCUGGAAAGGUCACGGUGCUUGUACGUGCGAAAGACAUUGACGCUGCACUUGGACGUGUCAGGCAGACGUGUUCUGCAUACGGUAUCUGGGAAGAUAGCUGGGAAUCGCGCCUAGAGCCACUCGUCGGAGACCUUGAGAAGGAAUAUUUCGGCCUUGAACCAAACACGUGGAACAAACUCGCGGACUCCGUCGACGUUGUGAUUCACAACGGCGCAUUGGUACAUUGGGUAUUGCCGUACUCACGUCUCCGAGGGCCCAACGUCAUAUCCACUAUGACUGCACUUUCAAUGUGUGCUGCGGGCAAACCCAAGAACUUCGGCCUUGUCAGCUCAACAUCAGUGCUUGAUACAGACUACUUUGUGAAGUUGUCUGAGAAGAGUCUGGCGAACGGUGGUACAGGUGUCCCCGAAGAAGAUGACUUGGAAGGUGCCCGCAAGGGCUUAGGAACCGGUUAUGGUCAAUCCAAGUGGGCGGCUGAGUACCUCACACGAAAGGCUGGUCAGAAAGGUUUGAGUGGAUGCGUCAUCCGUCCCGGCUACGUUUUGGGAGAUCCAGAGUACGGCACCACCAAUACGGACGACUUCCUCGUGCGUAUUCUCAAGGGCUGCAUCCAACUCAAAUCACGACCCGACAUCACAAACACUAUAAAUAUGGUUCCUGUGACUCACGUCGCGCGCGUCGUUGUAGCGUCGUCGUUCAAUCCACCUAUAGCACCGCUCGGGGUUGCGCAAAUCACCUCCCAUCCUCGUAUUACCUUCAACGAGUUCCUAGGCGCUCUCGAAAACUUUGGCUAUAAUGUUCCUCUCGUGACAUACUCGGAGUGGAAGCAAAACAUGGAAGCCUAUGUCUCAGACCGCUCCGGUACGAAAGAAGAGAACGCUCUGUUACCAUUAUACCAUUUUGUGACUGGAGAUCUGCCUGCUGAUACCAAGGCACCUGAGCUUGACGAUAAGAACGCGACAGAAGCUCUCAAGAAGGACCAAACAUGGACAGGUCAAGAUUGGAGCCAGGGUGGUGCGGUGACGGAAGACACUGUAGGUGUCUAUGUCAGUUACCUGAUCGAGCUGGGUUUCAUGCCCAAGCCAGAGAAGAAGGGCAUCAAAGAGCUGGUGAUGAGUCGGUUGACAGACGCUAUGCGGGAAGGUAUGAAACUGGUUGGUGGUCGGAGGGGUGUCUAGGUCAUUUUUACCAAAAUUUUGGACUGCGGCGUCACUGCGCAUUGGGGGUCUAUCUAGUAAGGGCCACGAUCUCCGCUACCUGGUGCUAGAAAAGGCAAAGAUACAUAGAUGUUUUAUCUAACCGACAAGUACUGCAUUAGAUUAUCUGCAGAUUUUAGUCUGGAAUUCUUGGAGUAUCAUAUCUGGUCGCAGUGAGAUCAUUGCAACC